CAGUAGCAUUAACACUCUGCAAACAUUAUUAUCAUAGUCUACAGCCUGAUUCACUAUUGUUAAUGGAGCGCCCACUUCUGCUAUGCCUGGCAUCCCUGCUUUUUAUACAAGUGCCAGCAGCGACAGCAGGUGGUCCAACAACGACAAAUGGACCUUUGUUUCCAGUGGGAAGUGACGCGAUACAACUCUCACUCAAAGAUGGACACUAUGUAACAAUUAACCUGCAGCAACCAUUCGAUUAUGGCGGAAACACCUACUCUCAACUCAAUCUAAGUAUGGAUGGUUACGUGGCUUUCUUCGUUCCAUAUAUCGAUAGAAAUGCCAUCAAAAACAUUUGCAAAAACAUUAUUGCUCCACUGUGGACUGAUCUGGAUGCUAACGAGGGAGGAAAAUGGACCUACCAGCAGGCCACAAACGGGUCUCUUAUAGCUCAAGCCAACAAUGAAAUAAAGAAAAUGUUCCCUAAUGAUUACUUUUCUGCUUCUUGGGUCUUUGUUUCCACUUGGGAUAAAGUACCAGUUGAAUCUUGUUCUAAUCAGAAAGCAACAUUUCAAGUCGUCUUGGCCUCGGAUAACGAAGGCCAGACUUACAUCCUGAUGAACUAUAAGACCAUUCCUUCUAUUAACUUCAAAUUGUGGAUGGCUGGCUAUGGCUUUGUGAACAGCGAUUUUGUCUCCAUUCCAUUGAAAGAUUCUUCUACGCUGUCUUCAAAUAGUAAUGUCAAAAUUGCUGGUCGCUGGGCUUUUCACUUCAAUGCAUGUCAGUCUCUGAACUGCACUAAGGAUGAAGUCUGUAAGAAAAUAAAUGGAGCCUACGGCUGUGCCUGUGGGAGCAAUAAGACACGCAACCCGAACAAUUGUGACCCCGUUGAAACAUGUUCAGGAAGUACUGGAUCACUGUCUUUGUCCCGCUGUCAGCUCUUUGAGGCCGGAUAUUCUAUUGAUAUUCUUUACCUUAAUGACCCAACCUGCAAAGGAACGCUCCAAAAUGGCAGGCUGGUGUUUAACUAUGGCAGUGCUUCCAAAACGUGCGGCACAACUUUGCAGAACAACGGCACACAUAUUAUCUUUAAGAACAGCGUUGGGACAAUGGAUGGGAUCGGCGUGAUCAGUCGUGCUAACGGGCUUAAUCUCACAUUUUCCUGUACGUAUCCAGUCAUCCACUGCAUCUCUAUGCCCAUACCCAUUCAAGCCAAUAGAAGUGUCAUCACCAAAGAUCUGUCCACUGAGGGCUCAUACCAGAUCAUCAUGACCCCUUUUACUGAUGCUACAUUCCUGAAACCAUUCUCUGGAAAUGUGACCCUAGAAGUAAAUGAUCAGAUGUACAUAGCUGUGGAAGUGACUCCAUUUGACAGCAAUCAGGUCGCUCUCGUGCUGGACAACUGCUGGGCCACUCCCGUCAACCAGAGUGACUCUUCCAACCGCUGGGAUCUGAUCAUUAACGAGUGUCCAAGCCCCUAUGAUGGCACAGUGGCGGUGUUGCAGAACGGCGUCUCCACAUCCAGCCAUUUCUCAUUCAGGAUGUUCACAUUCACCGGCUUCUCCAACAAGAUCUACCUGCACUGCAAGGUCCAUCUCUGUCUGAAGAAGUCAGAAAACUGUGCAUUGCCAUGCCCUCAUGACAGAAGACGCAGAUCUGUGGAUUUCUAUGACACGGCUGCCAUUUCCAUGGAAGUCUGAUUUGUUAUCUUGUCAAUUUCUUUGAUUUUUUUCCCUUUCUUUUUGCUCUAUGAAUAAUAAUCAUUAAGCAGAGUAUUUACAAUAAAUGAUGACAAACUGUUCCUAUUCAUAAGAUUUUGUAGGUGAUUUUACUAUACUGUACUGACUUCAUUACAAAAUAAAUCUGCCAAGCAUUUUA